GGCAUAUUUGAUUUUAUUCCUGGCACACCAUGGCACAGUUCGUCACCCAUAUUCAGCCCACCUUGGUGGAGGCAGCCCACCAUCACGUUCCCCAUCCGCACCACUUCCAUCACCAUGAAAAACAUGAUAAGCAUGACAAACAUGAAAAGCAUGACAAACAUCAUAAGGACGGCGGAGGAGAGCUUCAAACAUCCAAGGAGCACAAAGAGAAGCAUGGCACCAAGAUUCAUUUACCUAAAUUAGGUCAUGCCGGUCACUCUCCACAACACUAUCCGGUACUCCCUCAUACUCCGACCCACCACCACCACCACGAGCAACACGGAUCUGAACAAGAAAAACGCGACUCGGGACAGUACCUGGACUCUCACGGGAUACCGCAUACUUACCAGCUGCAUUUUAUUGACUCUCAAGGCAUCCACCGAGAUUACCAUGGAUACGUGGAGGAGCAUAUGGAAAAGGAUUUCCAGCAAGAAAAGGAGUAUUAUCAAGAGCGGCAGUGGGACAAGCGAGAAUUACACAUGGAAAUGGAAGAGGUUGUCGCAAGGAAAGCUGUGCCAGAGGACCGAUCUCCCUUUGAAAAAAGCCCUUCCAGGGAUGACAAAAGGCCCACGCCACCACAAUUUAUUAAUUUGAAAGGGGUAGAAAAUAAGUAUCAGUCCGACGGAAAUACGUCAUUUCUGCGCGCAGCGCGCAAUGGCCAGCUAGACAAAGUAUUAGAACAUUUGAAAACUAAUAUCGACAUAAACACUAGCAAUUCAAACGGCUUAAAUGCUCUUCAUUUAGCAUCGAAAGAUGGCCACGUAGACAUAGUCAAGGAACUAUUGAAGCGAGGCGCUUUAGUCGAUGCCGCUACAAAAAAAGGCAACACCGCCUUACACAUAGCCUCCCUAGCGGGACAAGAGGAAGUCGUUAAGCUCCUGGUGCAACAAGGAGCUUCGGUCAACGUCCAAAGCCAAAAUGGCUUCACUCCCUUAUACAUGGCCGCCCAAGAAAACCAUGACAACGUCGUCAAGUUCUUGUUGGCCAACGGCGCCAACCAGAGCUUAUCGACGGAGGAUGGUUUUACGCCGUUGGCAGUGGCAAUGCAGCAAGGCCACGACAAAGUCGUUACGGUACUUCUGGAAAAUGACACCAGAGGUAAAGUGAGGUUACCUGCGUUGCAUAUAGCAGCCAAGAAGGACGAUGUUAAGGCUGCCAAACUUUUGUUAGAGAAUGAACAUAAUCCUGAUGUGACAUCAAAGUCGGGUUUCACACCUUUACACAUAGCCUCGCACUAUGGUAAUCAACAAAUAGCAAACCUGUUAAUUCAAAAAGGGGCAGACGUUAAUUAUGCCGCUAAGCAUCACAUUACACCGCUUCACGUGGCAGCCAAAUGGGGUAAAACUAAUAUGGUGGCUCUUCUGCUGGAAAACGGGGCCACCAUUGAUGCCAAAACUCGAGAUGGACUGACGCCUUUACAUUGUGCGGCCCGCAGCGGACAUGAGCAAGUAGUGGAGAUGCUUCUGGAAAAGGAGGCUCCGAUCAGUUCGAAAACAAAAAAUGGCUUGGCACCCCUCCAUAUGGCCGCUCAAGGGGAUCACGUGGACGCCGCCAGGAUUCUAUUAUAUCAUAGAGCACCAGUGGACGAAGUAACCGUUGACUAUUUAACUGCUUUACAUGUUGCCGCACAUUGUGGACACGUAAGGGUUGCUAAGCUGUUAUUAGACAGACAAGCGGAUGCAAAUGCCAGAGCCCUAAAUGGUUUUACACCGUUACAUAUAGCUUGUAAGAAGAACCGAAUAAAGGUGGUGGAGUUACUGUUGAAACAUGGCGCAAGCAUUGGUGCUACCACGGAGUCUGGAUUGACGCCCCUACACGUCGCCAGCUUUAUGGGUUGUAUGAACAUCGUGAUAUACUUGUUGCAGCACGAUGCCAAUCCUGAUACGCCAACGAUACGGGGGGAAACACCAUUACAUUUGGCUGCUAGAGCUAAUCAGACUGAUAUCAUAAGGAUUUUGCUGCGGAACGGUGCUCAAGUAGACGCCCGUGCCAGGGAGCAACAGACUCCGCUGCACAUAGCUUCAAGACUUGGUAAUGUAGAUAUUGUAAUGCUGUUGCUACAACACGGCUCAAAAGUAGACACCACCACCAAAGACAUGUACAGUGCUCUCCAUAUUGCUGCUAAAGAAGGACAAGAUGAGGUUGCCGGGGUCCUAAUAGACAACGGUGCUGCCAUUAAUGCUACCACGAAAAAAGGCUUUACGCCACUUCACCUCGCUUCCAAGUAUGGCAACCUGAAGGUUGCCAAGUUGCUUCUACAGAAAGAAGCACCUGUAGACGCGCAGGGCAAAAAUGGAGUCACUCCUCUGCAUGUUGCGUCCCACUACGACCAUCAGAAUGUUGCGCUGCUUUUGUUGGAUAAAGGAGCUUCACCGCAUGCAACAGCUAAAAACGGCCACACGCCGCUUCACAUCGCUGCCCGAAAGAACCAAAUGGACAUCGCGAAUACUUUACUGGAAUACGGUGCGCAGCCGAACGCGGAAUCCAAGGCCGGCUUCACACCUCUACAUUUGAGUGCGCAAGAAGGGCACGUGGAUAUGACGUCAUUGCUCCUGGAGCACAAAGCUGAUCCUAACCAUGAAGCCAAGAACGGUCUUGCGCCACUUCACCUCUGCGCCCAAGAGGAUCGUGUACCGGUAGCGGAAGUGCUAGUGAAAAACGGCGCAAGCAUAGACGCGGCUACUAAGGCCGGCUAUACACCGCUGCAUAUCGCUUGUCACUACGGACAGACGAAUAUGGUGCGGUUUUUGUUGAAAAAUGGAGCGAAAGUGCAGAGUUCUACUUCUUUGGGUUAUACACCGUUACAUCAAGCUGCUCAGCAAGGACAUGCUAAUAUAGUCAAUAUUUUGUUGGAGAAUGACGCUGAUCCAAAUGCUGUUACAAUGAAUGGCCAAACUCCAUUAAACAUCGCCCAAAAACUGGGCUACAUCUCGGUGAUCGAAACCCUCAAAGUGAUUACCACAGUGACCACAGUGACCACCACGACUACCACGACGAUAGAAGAGAAGUAUCGCGUGCAAGCACCUGAAGCCAUGCAAGAAACGUUCAUGUCCGAUUCAGAAGAAGAGGGAGGGGAGGACUUAGAGGGAUUUGGCACCGGUGCACUACACGAACGGCACGUCUACCUACCGUAUUUCAAUGGCACCACUUUAGAAAUGCGUGAAGACGCCACUCUGGGUGACCAAACUUACAGAUAUCUGACUGCAGACGAAAUGAAAUCAUUGGGAGAUGAUUCCCUUCCCAUCGACGUAACGAGAGACGAAAGAAUGGACUCUAACAAAAUGGCAAAUAGCAUUGACAGCAAUAUGUUUGCGGCACAACACUUUGAAGACUCUAUUAGUCCAGAGCAUGUAUCUAGAAAUUAUACAGAGUAUAUUAAAAAGUAUACUCCGGAUAAUAUUGACGUGAACAGACAUCCCAUUAAUAUAGGGAAACUUCAUUGGAAGAACUUCUUAGUAUCAUUCCUAGUGGACGCCAGAGGAGGAGCCAUGAGGGGCUGCAGACAUUCUGGCGUAAGAGUGAUAGUUCCUCCAAGAUGUGCGCCCAGCCCCACAAGAAUAACUUGUCGAUACGUGAGGCCUCAACGGACACCUCAUCCACCUCCCUUAAUGGAGGGUGAGGCGUUGGCCAGCCGUGUUCUGGAACUGGGACCAGUUGGAGCCAAAUUUUUGGGACCAGUGAUAAUAGAAGUGCCUCAUUUUGCGGCCCUAAGAGGUAAAGAACGUGAAAUUGUGAUACUCAGAAGUGACAACGGAGAGUCUUGGAAAGAACACACCGUCGACGCCACAGAGGAGAUCCUAAAUGAAGUUUUACAUGAAAGUUUCGAAGCUGAAGACUUGAACCAAAUGGAAGACGUAGCAUCUGGACGAAUAACGCGAAUAUUGACGCAAGAUUUUCCACAAUACUUCGCAGUGGUAUCGAGGAUCAGACAGGAAGUGCAUGCCAUCGGACCGGAAGGUGGUAUGGUGAGCAGCACCGUGGUGCCUCAGGUUCAAGCCAUCUUCCCCGAGGGGGCGCUCACCAAGAAGAUCAAAGUGGGACUACAGGCUCAACCGAUCGAUCCAGAACUAACAGCCAAACUGUUGGGGCAUGGGGUGGCUGUUUCCCCAGUGGUCACCGUAGAACCGCGUAGAAGGAAAUUCCACAAGGCCAUUCGGUUAAAUAUGCCAGCACCUACAGCACAUUCCCAAGGGAUGAUAAAUCAGUACAGCGGGUCGGCCCCUACGCUUCGACUUCUCUGUUCUAUUACUGGUGGGACAACGAGGGCCCAAUGGGAGGACGUCACUGGUUCCACGCCCUUGACCUUCGUGAAUGACGUAGUCUCGUUUACUACGACAGUUUCUGCCAGGUUUUGGCUUAUGGAUUGCAGAAACAUCAGCGACGCUACUAAAAUGGCCACCGAACUAUAUAAGGAGGCCAUUCACGUGCCAUUCAUGGCGAAAUUCGUAGUAUUCGCGAAACGCGUCGACCCACUAGAAGCAAGACUGAGGGUAUUUUGCAUGACCGACGACAAGGAGGAUAAAACUCUGGAGCACCAGGAACAUUUCACCGAAGUGGCCAAAAGUCGUGAAGUAGAAGUACUGGAGGGUAAACCACAGUACAUCGAGUUUGCCGGCAACUUGGUACCGAUCACCAAGAGUGGGGAGCAAUUACAGUUUUCGUUUAGAGCCUUUAGGGAGAACAGACUUCCAUUCUCUGUAAGGGUGAAGGAUCAACACGCAGAAGCUGUUGGACGCUGUUUGUUUAUGAGGGAAGCCAAGGUGCCCAAAGGCGAACAACCACAACAUCCAAUCUGCAUUUUGAACAUAGUCCUACCCGACGAUAUAGUCACAGACACAAUCUCUUUAACCGAUUCAGAAUCAGGCAAGAGACACAUGUACCUAUCAGAGUUCCAAGACUAUUACAGGCCAGAUCCUAGACUUGCCGAUAUGAGCAAUCUUUUAGGAGAAGACUGGGUAGAACUAGCUCAUCAGCUAGGAUUAACAUCUUCAGAAAUAAACGUGAUAAAAUCGGAAUAUCCCGAAAGUAUAGCGAAGCAAGCCCAAUCUAUGUUACGUAUGUGGUUAUCCCAAUCUGGUAACAAGGCCCAAACAAACACACUAGAAAACGCCCUCAGAAGAAUAGGAAGAGACGAUAUAAUACCGCAGUGCCUAAACGUGGAGCAUCAGCCCGCGCAUAGAAUUAGUAAGGAGGAAGAGAUUGGUUAUAGACUGAAAAAGAAAGAGGAGAGAAAUGUGCCCGGCAAAAAGAUGAUCGAGCACUACGACAAAUACUCGGCCGAAGAGAAGAUCUUCGAGAAGUCCGAGUCGGAGGAGGAGUCCGACCAUUUCGAUAAAACGGUGACGGAACGACGGGAGCGGAUCGAAAAGAGACUCUCGGCCGAAAGAUCCAUUCCGGCUUCUUCACAGCGACGUGAAAUUGUCCAGGAGAUCAGCGACAUCAAGCGCCAGAGUCUGGUCGAGGAUAAAAUUGCGGAAGUUAUGCAAAAGGUGGAUACCGAGCCUAAACUCGACCAACCGCACCACAUCUCAGAGACCGUAGAGAUAAAAACCACAUUGCCAACCGACUCUACGGUUUCUGAGCGGACGUCGCUCGAAAAACCGCAAAUUGUCACCAGGAAGCUCGUAGAAACGCACAAGAUUGUGGAAGAGACGCACAUAUCCGGGGAGGGGACUAAGUUCGCCGAAGAAGUCAGUUCGAAGAUUCAGGGACCGUCUAGGAGCGUCGAGCAGAAGAUUUUAUCCGGUAAAGAUGAAAAAUCUCCAAGUUUCUCAAAGACGCCUCCUCCGAGCCCAGCAGAUUUCUUACUAACCAAACAAGCCAGUACAGCCCAAGGUGAGUCUGUUUGUCCUAUUUUUCUCACUCUAUGUGUAGUUGAAUAAUCAGCAACAAGCUUA